CGCACAGCCACAGGGGCACAGCGGCGAAAGCGAUACCGACAAAGCCACAGCACAGCUGACUGGCUGCAAAAUUGCAAAGAAUAAAAACUUUUUUCCGUGUUUUAUCCGUCUCAAGUCUUUGUAUUCAAAAAUUUAUUGUUUUAGUAAUUUUAUAUAUUUAUUAAUUGUAUUUUUUGUACAAUGUUGAACUAAUUAUAAAGUCAAUACCAUCGGGAUCGGGAAGAGUGUUCAUUGAAAUGUGGGAUAACAUCUGUCGCUUGUGCUCAAGUCGGGGAGACUAUGACAUUUUCACAAUAAUCCCAUCGUACUUGCAUGCCAGUCCAAAUGAGUUCCUUCUCUGGCAGCAACCCAUCAACAAGCUCUUGGAGGAGACCACUGGUCUAUCGGUCAACGAAGAUGAUGGCCUGCCCCAGAAGAUGUGUGCCCUGUGCAUAUCGUAUCUCAAGCAUGGUGCAACAUUUCGGCAACAAGCCAUCAACAAUGCUAUGAGCUUGAAAGCUGUGGCCACCCUCAGCGGACGGUGUAAGAAUUCGAUUCGCAAACGCGCAGCAAACAUGGGAGCGGGAGGAGACAGGGAUAGAGACUCGUACAAUGAUAAAGCAAGCGUCCUCAUCACUGCCAAUGACCUCAUUUUUAGCGAAGAACGAAAGACUGACACGAAUACCCUCGUGAACAUUUUAAACAACCAAAGUUCCAAGCUAACGAAAAAUGACGAUUGCAUAAAGAAACUCAUGCAAAUGACCGACAAUAAGGUAGGAGUUAAAAGAACCAACAAUCGUAGCAUGCAUCCCGAUGAUUUGGGUCCUGCUGUGGAUGAAAACGACGAAGUUCUUGCUAUGACUUACUUGAAUCUUCUCUUUGAAAAAGACACCAACUCGUCGGCACGCAAGAUGAAACGUUUAGCUCACCAGAAACCUCUGCAUCGGCGUCCAACUGGAGACAACAAUCUAGCUGCGAUUUUCGACGAAAUGAACAACACAAAUAGUGAUCCCUUAGGAGAGGAGUUUCAGACCGCUUCCAGUGAUGAAAACGAAGCAUUCGAACAAAAGAAGAAUUUCUUUUCGUACAAAGAAAAGAACUUCGAGGAGGAUGAUGUGAUGGAUUUGGACGAACUCAAAGAGGCGAAUAUUACAAUAAAUAUUCCCGAAACUUGCAAGGAACGAAAGUGUCGAGCAUGCUUUAGGCGUUUCAUGUUCGAAGAGUCUUACAAAGAGCACAUGGACAUGUGCAUAGAAUACAAAUUUCUCCUCUUCAUCGAGGAGAUCAAUCGCCUGCUCGACAUUCGUCGGAGUAAAGCAGUGUCUCCUCAUGAAUUCAUUCGGCGAAUGAUAUUUUGCCUCCGUAAGACUUGUCAAUGGUUAAAGUCUUCUUGUGGGGAGAUUCUUCUUCCGGAUUUAUUGGUAAAUGGUGAGGCUAAGAAGCGCCUGGACAGUGAUGGGAAGAAUUCCACAGCCGAGAUAUCAUCGGGAGCUAAUUCUGAUGAGCCAACAGAGAAGUUCGCUCAAGAAGGGAACAAAACUGUAAUCGAAAUGAACAAAUCACUCUCAGAGAUUCUCAAACAAGAUGUCGAUUCUCUCUUAGUCCCUAUCCCUGGCGAAGAAGUCAAACCAAAUGAUCCUUAUUUACAAUUUUUUAAGAAUAAUGCAUUUAGUAAGAGUACUCCAGAGAGGAGUACAACUGACAAAAAUUCUCUCCUUUGCCAAAAUAUCACAACGACGACAACAACAACAACUGACGAGAGCGAUAGUCUGAAUAAACCACGACCAGCAGGCGGCAAAUUUGAAAAUAUUCUCAAUCUAAUCGAUGGUCCUGCUACCGCUACGACGGGUGUUAACAAAAAUUACAAUUAUCUUUUGCAUAACAUUGAAAAAGAUCAACAUGAAUGUUCUCAAAUAAGUUUAGACCCAACACCUAAACUAACAUCGCAAGUAGCUCGCGAUGAAAAAUCAGAUUUUUUCGAAAAGCUUAAAAACGCAUCGCUUCUUCAAUUCCAUCAACAGCAAACCCAACAACAACCCCUUCCCAAAAAGAAAACAAUAAAUCAGACUAACGACUUAUUCCCCUUGAUGAAUAUGAAAUUUAGUGCAAGAUGCAACACCUGUAAUACAGUAUUUGAAUCAGUUGCUUCACUGGAGGAGCAUAACGCCAAUUUCCAUAAUAGUCAUUCAACAAAAGCAUACGAAGAACAUAAGAAAAUUAUUUCCCUAUUCGAAGACGAAAAUGAUGAUGAUGUUAAUGAGUCGAUGAUGAAUGGUGGGAAGAAGCAUUUCUGAACGACAUUAAAUAUUUAUGUACGUAGAAUUAAUUCAAAAAAUAUAUAUAUGUAGGCAUAUAUA